GCUACAAGAACUAAAUCAGUUUGCCUCAUUCGCCUUCAUAACCUGUGACAUCAGAUUUUCAAAUCCUGUCAGUUAAAUAUCCGUUGACGACCGUUACAAGUAGUUUGACAAGUUUAAUGUCACAACUGUUUUAAAACACGUGGUUUGUUCCUAGUUCAGUAUCAUUCUAUUUUGUUUAAACUCUGUGUUAAAGUAGACAGAAAUUAUGGCUGCGCCUCCUAAAAUGUCAUAUUUUCGUGCACGAGAUCCCAGCUUACGCGUGCCAGCGAAUUUCAAUCUUUUGCCGAGAAAUCUCCCCGAGGAAUCCUUCAUCGAUCAAGAUGGCGAAUCAGACAGUUUGAAUGUCUACCUCAGGAUAAAAGACACAGGCCAUGAUGAUAACCUCUACGAAAUAACAGAAAACUUUGUCACAUGUUAUGUGCCUGAAGGCUCCGCAUCAGGCCGGCAUAUAAAAGACGGCGAGCAUCUGAAUCGCAUUUACACAUUCACGAAAAUCUUCCCAACCACUGCCACCCAGAUUGAGUUAUUCAACAAUGUAGUCAAAACAAAAGUCCUCAAAUGCAUGAAUGGCAUUAAUGCCAACCUAUUCACCUAUGGCCCAUCCGGAUCUGGAAAAACCUACACAAUUGUUGGAACUACAGAAGAACCAGGCAUGAUUCCACAAAGUUUGGAGUAUUUAUUCAGAUCAAUGAAGAAUUUAAGCAGAUAUCCAGCUGCAAAACCAAAAUCAGGUGGUGCAGGCCUCACAUGGCUUGAUUAUGACCAACAACAACAUGAGGUAUGCAAAGUGGAAAGAUUAAUCAACAACUCAGAGAUUCAGGCUGAUAUUGAAACACACAAAGCUGUAUAUUCAAAAAUGCAGACGCGCUUAUCAUCAGAAUCAGUUGCAUCUCUAGAUUUAGAUGAACUAAGCGCAAAUGUAAGUAUUUGGAUCUCUUUUGCUGAAAUCUACAAUGAAAGCGUGUAUGAUCUGCUUGAAUCUCCAAGCGGGGUGAAAAAACCACGCAAAAAACUCAAAAUUUACAACAAUAAUGGAGAAACCUACAUUAAAGACCUGAAACAAGUGUAUGUAUCAAACGGUCAUGAUGCAUAUUGCAUUCUGCAGCAUGGUUUGUUAAAUUUAAACUAUGCAGCAACAUCAAUGAACUCACACUCGAGUAGAUCCCAUUGUGUUUUCACAAUUACGCUUGUACAAUCCACGAGUAUCGAAUCAAAUAAUUUCGUGAUUGGUUCAAUGAAUUUCUGUGACUUGGCUGGGUCAGAACGAUGCAAGAAGACAAACAAUGUCGGUUGUCGUUUAAAUGAAUCCAAUAACAUCAAUACUUCAUUGUUAGUUUUGGGUAGAUGCAUAAGUUCCAUCCGAAAAGCACAAAAAACCGGCGCGAAGAUGGUCAUCCCGUUCCGCGAGUCAAAACUCACGCAAUUAUUCCAGAAAGCUCUGCAAGGACUCGAAGAUAUAUCUAUGAUAGUCGCGAUGAAUCCAGAUCGUAGAAUGUGUGAUGAAACAAUCCACGCGUUGAAUUUUUCCGCUAUUGCGAAAGAGAUAACACUGGAUAAAGCAAGCGAAUCGAAUUAUGAACGAAACACAUACAAUUCGGAUAUUUCUACGAUCACCUAUGAGCGUACGAUAGAUAUUCUUCAGAAACAAGUUAGCGAUUUGACUGCGGAAUUACAGGAAGAGCGCAUGAAUCAAUAUGAAAAUGCGUGUAAAGUCAGCGAAACAAAAACCGAACAGUUUAAGAAAAAGUUUUACCAACUUGAGGAGAGGUAUAAGAGUAAAAGACUAGAAACAGAGUUUGAGAUGAAUGCAAAAGAUGAACUUAUUGAAGCAUUACAACAGGAAAUCCAAGAGUUGAAAGAAGCGCUUGCAUCCAAUGAUACUGAUAAUUCAGUGAUAAGUAUUUCUUCAUGUGAAGACAAUGAUAAGUCUAUAAGUGAACGCAUUACAUCAAUGCGUUAUGAUAAAUUACAGAAGGAGUUUGCAGAUUUGCAACAGGAGAAAUAUUUACUUGAAUUAAAGGUUGAAGAGCAGCAGACGGCCAUUCAGCAACUCUGUGGGUCGCUGGCGUUGAAAGAGGAGCUCCUGCAGCAACAAAAAUGUGAUAUUAUAAAACUUAUGGAGGAAAACGCGUGUCUGGAUAAUCAAGUUGAGCAAAGCAUUCGAUAUUCGAAUAUUAUCCGAAGGGACUUUGAAGAUGAUGAGACUUCUUCGUUGUCUUCCCUGGAGUAACUUGUUUUAAUCUCUAUUUUAAUAUUUAUUUGUUUUUUAUCGAAAUAUUUCUGAAUUGCGUUGAAGAAUGUGAUUUUUUGGUUGGGUUUUGACACAAAAUAGCUGGCCAAGACUGAAUUCAUGAAAUAUUAAGGGUUGAAAACGUUUUUUUACCAUUAGGAAUAAAUUUUAAUACAUAAUUA